AUGAAAAAUUUUGAUUUGCCACGUAUCGGUGAGAAUAUAACAUUUUUUCCAAUGUUUAUCGAUGCAGAACAAAUUGUCGAACAUUGGUACGGCGAACAUUCAAAAUAUGAGUAUGAAACACCUGGUUGGCAGAUGGGAACCAAUUAUUUUACACAGAUUAUAUGGAAAGCUACCGAAGAGAUAGGAAUAGGACGGGCAAAAAUUGAAGCAAAUCUGAAUGAUAGGCCAACUGAUGACGAAACGAAUUUCGAGCAAGUGAUUGUCGCAUUUUAUCGGCCAGCUGGCAAUAAUAAUAGGAAUGGUCAAUUUGCAGCCAAUAUUCAAAAACCAAUAAAUAUUAGUGAUAGCGAAAAAUAA